AUGUCAUCCGCCGCGGGCGGGUACGGCGGCGGCACGGGGAGAGGCGCCGAGCCCCACUGCCACGGCCACGGCGACUUCAUGCUGCACCACCAUGCACAGCACGUCGCCGCGCAGCAGCUCUACCACGUGCCGCAGCACAGCCGCCGCGAGAAGCUGCGGUUCCCCCCGGACGACUCGCCACCGCACUACUCCGCUUCCGCCCCGCAGCAGCAGCAGCACGCCGGGGUAGCCUGGCCGCCACCGGCGUUCUACUCCUACGCGUCCUCCUCCACGUCGUCCUACUCCCCGCACAGACCCACGCUGGCGCAGGCACAGCUCGUCGUGGCGCCCGGCCUCGCCCCGCCGCUCUCGUCGCAGAUCCCGACGCAGAACUUCGCGCUCUCGCUCUCGUCCUCGUCCUCGAACCCACCCCCCGCGCCCCCGCAGCCGAGGAGGGCGCACGCCGCGCCCUCGGCGCCCUUCGGGCCCUUCACUGGCUACGCGGCCGUGCUGGGGCGCUCCCGUUUCCUCGUCCCUGCGGAGAAGCUGCUCGAGGAGAUCUGCGACGUCGGGGGCGCCGCCUCGCACGUGGACCGCAGCACCUCCGACGAGGGCCUGCUCGACGCUGAUCCGAUGGAAGCCAUCGAUCACGACAUGGACGGCGGCCACCGCGCCGCCUCGGAUUCUGAUCCAAUCUCCGGCGCCGAGCAGCAGUGGAAGAAGACUAGGCUCAUCUCCAUGAUGGAAGAGGUUUGCAAGAGGUAUCGGCUGUACUACCAGCAGGUUCAGACGGUGAUCAACUCGUUCGAGACCGUCGCCGGGUUCAGCAACGCAGCCCCGUUCGCGGCGAUGGCGCUGAGAGCCAUGGCGAAGCACUUCAAGUGCCUGAAGAGCAUGAUACUGAGCCAGCUGCGCAACACCACCAAGGCCGCUGCCGGCAAGGAGGGCCUCAGCAAGGACAUCGUCAUGUUCGGGCUUGCUGGCGGCAGCGCGGCCGCCCUCCAGAGAGCUAGCAGCGUAGCUGCCUUCGGCCACGGCCAGCCGCACAACAUCUGGCGGCCACAGAGAGGGCUGCCGGAGCGCGCAGUGUCUGUCCUCCGGGCUUGGCUCUUCGAACACUUCCUGCACCCAUAUCCAACUGAUGGAGACAAGCAAAUGCUUGCUAAACAGACGGGUUUAACACGGAACCAGGUAUCAAACUGGUUUAUUAAUGCAAGGGUUCGUCUUUGGAAGCCAAUGGUGGAAGAAAUCCACAACCUCGAGAUGAGACAGGUGCACAAACACCCUGUUCUCGACAAGGGCCAGCACGCGUUGCAUCACCAAACCCAGCAUUCGUCCGAGAGCAGUGGAAAGCCCUCUGAUCCUUCCGACUCUCAGCUCGGCCAAAGCAGCAGCAUCACUAGGAACCACAACAUCCCUGCGUCCCAGGGCUUUGCAGAUGAGCUCUCCGAGAUGUCCCACUCUAUUCAGCAGAGACAGGUAACCUUUGCAUACAAUCGGCUGUCGACGCCACACCACAGCCUCGCUUCAUCACAGCACCACCAGCAGGCAGGGCCAAUGAGCAGCAUUGGUGGUACAGGCACCGGUGGCGUCUCCCUCACCCUUGGUCUCCACCAGAAUAACAGAGUCUGCAUGGCCGAGCCGCUCCCGGCGUCCCUCCCUCCCAACCUUGCUCACCGCUUCGGGCUGGAGGAGAUCAGCGACCCCUACAUGAUGGGCUCUUUCGGAAACCAGGACCGGCAUUUCGGCAAGGAGAUCGGUGGCCAUUUGGUUCAUGAUUUUGUUGGCUGA